AUGGAUUCUGAAUUAAUGCACAGUAUAGUUGGAAGCUAUCUUAAACCUCCAGAAAGAGUGUUUGUUCCAUCAUUCUCCCGGUAUGAGACAUCUCAGAAUUACCACCCUGUGAACGUAGAAGUUAUCCCUCCUAAAAUGUUUCAUAGUCCAAAUAGCCAAGCUCUGAUUUUAGCCCUAAAAACACUUCAGGACAAGAUUCAUCGUUUAGAGCUAGAGAGAACACAAGCUGAAGAUAACCUGAACAUACUGUCUAAAGAGGCUGCACAGUAUAAAAAAGCUUUGGAGAAUGAAACAAAUGAGCGAAAUCUGGCACACGAGGAACUGAUAAAGCAGAAAAAAGAUAUAAGUAUACAGUUAAGCUCAGCCCAGUCUCGGUGUACUCUUCUAGAGAAACAACUAGAAUAUACCAAGAGAAUGGUUCUCAACGCAGAGCGAGAGAAGAAUAUAAUCCUAGAACAACAGGCUCAGCUUCAAAGGGAAAAAGAGCAAGACCAGAUGAAGCUGCAUGCAAAACUUGCAAAGCUUGAUGUCUUAGAAAAAGAAUGUUUUAGACUUACAGCAACUCAGAAAUCAGCUGAAGAUAAGAUUAGGUAUUUAGAGGAAAAACUUAAGGAAGAAGAACAUCAACGUAAGCUGUUUCAGGACAAAGCUUCUGAGCUUCAAACUGGACUCGAAAUCAAUAGAAUUUUAGUGUCUUCGGUUUCAAAUCCAAAACACUGUAAGGGAAAAAAGAAAUCUUCAAAGAAAACUAAAUGUUUAAAGAGAGGACUACCUCAGCAAAGUUAUUCAAGGUUUGGAGCACCACCUUUUGUGUCUGGGAAGAGGAUGCAAGACUGUGGCCCGCACACCCUGCAGAAGCAUUCUAAAGCAGUCGAGCCUGUAUGUCUCCAUGAGCCUAGUAGGGUUCCCCAGUGCAGAGCUGUAUCUUCUGAUUCAGAAAAGUCCAUUGCCAUUUGUGAUAAUUUGUCUGAACUACUGAUGGCAAUGCAAGCUGAGCUGCACCAGAUGAAUAUGGAGCACCAGGAACUACUGAAUCAGAUGAAGGAAACACACAGCUAUUUAGUCUAUGAAGACAUAGAAGGUGAACUAGAGCAUUUAGUAAAGAAAAUGGAAGUUAAAAGAGAACAAAUUUCUAAACUGAAGAAGCAUCAGGACAGUGUCCAUAAAUUGCAGCAACAACUUCAGAACUCAAAGAUGAAUGAAGCUUCCGGUAUUCAGCGAGAAGAUAGCAACCAUAAAGGAUCAAAGAACAUAAAAAAUAUCCCUAGAAAAUGUUCUCAUGAAACUAGCUCUCUUCAGAAAAACCGCAACUUUCAUCCAAAACGAGUUCAUAAUCUUCAAAUGAAAUUGAGAAAAGACGAUAUCAUGUGGGAACAGUAG